AUGGAUGCUAAUUCUUCACUAAACGUUCUGCCCGAAGCUGAUUUCGGUCCUUCAGCCUCGGGAAGAUUUGAUUUUACUGUCUUGUUUGAGAAUGUUAUGCUAUCUAUUAUCCCCUCUGCUUUGUUCUUGAUUCUCGUCCCGCAAAGACUACUAUGGCUGAAGAGAGAACCACGAAAGACCGUUGAGAAUUCCCGUCUUCUUAUUAAACUGGGCUUGAUAACUGUGUAUACCGGACUACAACUCGUAAUAUUGACAUACUGGACGGUUGGACCUCUGCCUACAUCUAAACCUCAAAUCGCUGCGGCGGCUCUUGUGUUUGUGAACGGACUCUUAUUAGCCUUACUGUCUUAUGCCGAGCAUACGCGCUCUGUGAGACCCUCAACAAUCAUCAACGUCUAUCUCCUUUUCACAGCUCUUUUUGAUUGCGCUAUAGCCAGAACGCUAUGGCUUCUAGAUGGAGCACACGCAGUUGCGAGGUUAUUCACAGCAGCAACCACCGCCAAGGCACUCAUUCUCAUAUCUGAAGCAUGGGGAAAAAGGUCCAUAUUAAGAGCUCAGUAUCGCGAUCUAUCACCAGAGACGACGAGCGGAAUACUGGGCCGUAGUGUCUUCUGGUGGAUCAACCCUCUGAUGAAAUUAGGAUUCUCUAACUCCCUGACAGAGCAUGAUCUGUAUGCCAUCGAGAACAGUCUGUUGGGAAAGAGAUUGUUCGCACAGGUGGAGAAGUCAUGGCGCACGGGUGAGUUCAUCAUGCAUUCCCGUGUCAGGGGUAGCUUGAUCAGUCUGGUAUAUGACAAGACCCUCGAUCUGAGCAUCACGGCUUUUGACGAAUCAAUUGCUGUCACACUGAUGUCUGCCGAUACUGAAAAUAUCUGCAUGAACUUUGCAAGCAUACACGAGAUGUGGGUUUCGCCUAUUGAGUGCGCAGUGGCUUUAUAUCUCCUGUACAGACAACUGGGCAUGGCAUUUCUAGCCCCUAUGGUUGUGGCAAUAGUCUCGACCACUGGUAUCUUGAUGAUAGCCAAGUAUAUCGCAAACGCCCAAAAGCGGUGGGUUCGUGGUAUCCAGACGCGCAUUGAUGUUACUGCCUCGAUGCUAGGGUCAAUGAAAGAAGUGAAGAUGCUUGGCCUGACGGAUGUUCUCAACAACAUGGUUCAAAGUCUGCGAGUCAAUGAGUUGGACCUGUCCAAGAAGUUCCGUAAACUCAUGUGCUGGCGAGUCUUCUUCCAAAAUACUAUGGAAGCUAUAGCUCCGCUCGCUACGUUUGCGACCUAUGUGGUCAUAUCUCAAGAGACAGGCAACCCUUUGAGUACGGCUUCGGCAUAUACUUCUCUUUCGCUUAUCUAUCUUUUGUCCAACCCUAUGUCCACACUCAUACGAACGAUCCCUGGAAUGAAGGCAUCGCUUGCAUGCUUUGAUCGAAUGCAGGGCUUUCUGUUGUCGGAUAGUUGCAAGGAUCACCGCUUACCUCUUAAUGUCCGUCAUAGCCCAUCCCAACAAGAGGUCCGUACUUUCGGGCUACACGCUUCUGAUCAGGAAAGAGCUUCGAUCGAGCUGCUCGAUCGCUCCAACGAGGCUUCAGUGGCUAUUGGCCAACCUCUCAUGAUCGUUUCGGACGCUAGCUUCGGAUGGCCAAAGACUGAAGCACCAGCCCUCACUAACAUUUCAUUCCCCAUCCGUAAAUCUCACUUCACCUUUGUUAUUGGGAGCGUGGGUUCUGGUAAAAGCACUCUCAUGAAGGCCUUGCUGGGCGAGUUGCGGCCGUCCCAGGGAUUCGUCUAUACGGACGCUCGCCGAAUCGCAUUUGUUGACCAGAAGCCCUGGAUUCAGAACUUGACGAUUCGACAGAACAUCCUCGGUGUAUCCACGUAUCACAAAGAUUGGUAUGAUAGAGUUAUCCAUGCAUGUGGACUCGAGCAGGACAUUGUUGAGAUGCCCGACAAGGACGCCACGAAAGCGGGCAGCGGCGGUGUUUCUCUCAGCGGUGGCCAGAAUCAGAGACUUGCACUUGCAAGGGCCAUUUACUCAAAGGCAGGAGUGCUUAUUCUCGACGAUGUCUUUUCGGGACAAGAUGCUUCGACAGAGGAGCAUAUUUACAGGAUGAUCUUUUCUGAAGUAGGGUUGCUAAGAGAGCUUGGCACGACUGUUGUUUGUGUAACCAACGCCAUUCAUCGGCUGGCAUAUGCAGACCACGUCGUUGCUCUAAGUGAACAUGGCACAGUCCAGCAUCAAGGCACAUUUGAGCAACUCAAGAACGACACUGAUUACUUCAGUGGCUUACAUCUUCGGCAGAACGGGGCUGCAAAGGAAGACGGCGGCUCCUCGAAAGCCAACGACAGAUCAACUUCAGCACCUCAAGGGCCAGAAGAAGAGACUGAAUCCGCUAACCGAGCACUGGGAGAACUUGCUACUUAUGGUUACUAUUUCAACACAGUACCCAAGUGGCAUGUCCUGUUGUUAGUGACGCUCACAGUCAUGUUCGGUGCGGCCCACAAGAUGACUGAGCUAUUGCUAAGUUUCUGGACUGGUCAUUCUGUUAUCACUCAACAAAGCGUCAACAACUUCUACCUUGGACUCUACGCUAUGCUAGCUGGGCUUGCAAUAAUUGGCAUCAUGGGUGCAGCUGUGCAUUACCUUGUUGUCAUGGUACCUUUGAGCAGCGAAGUUCUGCAUGCACGGCUACUUCGGACAGUUAUGAAUGCUCCAUUGUCAUUUUUCUCGAGGAUGGACGUCGGCGUUACAACAAACCGCUUCAGCCGCGAUAUGUCCGUAAUAGACACCGAGCUUCCAUUUGCAUUGAUUGACCUGGCCAUUGAUACCAGCGUCACCAUCAUGUCUGUUAUACUGAUGUGUGUGUUCUCUGGAUAUUUUGUGGCGACUCUGCCCCCUCUUGCUUUCUUCUGCUGGUUGCUUCAGAGAUUUUACCUUCGAACUUCUCGCCAGAUCCGAAUCCUUGAACUACAAGCAAACUCACCACUAUUCACACAAUUCCUUGACACCCUUCAAGGUUUGUCCAGUGUGAGAUCCUUCGGCUGGGUGAAGCAGUUCAGGGAACAACACUUUCAGUUCCUCGACGCAUCUCAGCGUCCAUACUAUCUCCUCUUCAGUAUUCAGCGCUGGCUAGCUGUUGUCCUUGACCUCGCAGUUGCAGCGCUGGCUACGAUCUUGAUGGUUCUCAUUGUUAAGCUUCGAGACAGUUUCGAGCCGAAGUUUGUGGCAAUGGCCCUUCUCAAUGUGACUUCCUUUUCGCAAUAUCUCACGCAACUCAUCAAGAAUUAUACGCAAUUGGAGACUUCUCUAGGUGCUGUCAGUCGUACAAAAGAGUUCUGCACCACAACUGACAGCGAGAACCUUCCUGGCGAGGCCGUUUCUCCACCCGAGAGCUGGCCCUCUCAUGGCCACGUGCAGAUCGACAAGUUGACAGCUGCAUACACCACUUUGGGUGAGCCAGUGCUGCACGAAGUCAGUCUGGACAUCGCUGCAGGCUUCAAGGUCGGUGUCGUUGGACGCAGUGGCAGUGGCAAAAGCUCAUUGAUGGCCUGUCUUCUCCGGAUGUUGGAGGUUGACUCCAAUUCUAGCAUUAAGUUUGACGGCAUUGACAUCACUACAAUUCCACGACAAACUGUACGGGCCUCCGUGGCAGUCGUACCUCAGCAUCCGUUCUUCAUGAAGAAGACUACUGUUCGCAACAAUUUGGUCCCUCGCGGUGAGCAGCCUGAAGAUAGGAUUCUCGCUGUGCUCAAUCGUCUCAAGAUGAAAGAGGCUGUAGAGAGGCUUGGAGGCUUGGACAGUAUUCUUGAUAUCGAGCGACUAUCGCAAGGUCAACGGCAACUCCUUUGCCUUGCAAGAGCGAUACUAGCUAACAAGAAGAUGAUUUUUCUUGAUGAGGCGAGUAGCAACGUCGACGCCAAGUCGGAGCAACUGAUCCGACAAGUGGUCCAAGAGGAGUUUAAGGGAUGUACGGUCAUCGCUAUUGCACAUCGUUUGGGUGCUGUUGUGGACUUCGACCGAGUUGCUGUGAUGGGAGGAGGAAGGGUUAUCGAGUGGGACAACCCGAAGGAGCUACUGAAGAGGGAGAGCGAGUUCAAGAGGCUAUGGGAUUUGAGUUCUGGAUAA